AUGGACCAAGAACUAACGCAGCCGGACAAACAGAAACCUCACUGGACCAACAACUACUACAGCUGGCACAACUACCACCACAGCUGGACCAAGAACAACCACAACUGGACCAAGAACUACCACACUACCCCAGCAAGUACGACAUCUGGCCCAGCAACUACCACAUCUAGCCCAACUUCAACAACAGCUGCCCAAAUUACCACCACAGCUAGCCCAAUAACAACCACAGCAAACCCAAUAAAUACCACAGCUGGACCAUCAGCUACCAUAGCUGGACCAACAACUACCACCGCUGGCCCAAGUACCAAAACAUCAAGCCCCACAACAACCACAGCUGGACCAACAACUACAACAGCUAUCCGAACAUCUACCACAGCUGGACCAACUUCUCUAAUAGCUUUCCCAAUUACAAUAACAGCUGGCCAAACUAAAACAGCUGGACCAUCAACAACCACGGCUGAACCAACAACUACCACAGCUACAGCUGGCCCAAUGACUAGCACUGCUGACUCAACUACAUCCACGGCUGGCCAAACUACAACCUCAGCUGACCCAACUACAACUACAACUACAUCUGGCCCAACUACCACCACAAUGCCAAACUACAAGCACUGCUGGCCCAUCUGUAUCCACAGCAGACCCAACUACCACAGCUGGCCCAACUACAGCCAUAGCUGGAGCAACAACUACCACAGCUGGACCAACAACAACAACAGCUGGCCAAAUGACUGCCACAGCUGGAACAACAUCAAACACACCUGGCAGAACAACUACAACUACAGCUGGCCCAUCUACAACCAAAGCUGGCCCGACUGCAAACAUAGUUGGCCAAACUAA